AUAUAAACGCUAUGGAAUGAGCGAUUCAAUUGGAAUAAUAAUAAAAAGCUAUUAUCUGAUCGAUUCUCACUUUGGCACACACUGCUUGCCUAUUUACCGAUGGAUCAUCAUACUGUUUCAACUGACGAUGUGUCUCUGCAUUAUUUUGUAUCAAGACCGGCCAUUACUUCGCAGAAUCCUUUGAUCGUUUUAUUACUGCACGGUGCAGGAGGGGAUCAUCACCAGUUUGAUGAUAUGGCAACCGUGCUAGUUGAAGCUGGACACAUCGUUAUUACGUGCGAUUUACGAGGCCACGGACUCUCUCAACCCUGUGAUUCUCUCGAUUUCAGUUCAAUGAUGGACGAUCUGCAACAUGUACUGGUAGAUUUCAAAUCCAAACUGGACAAUCCAGGUCCCAUGAUGGAUUUAAUUGUUGGCGGGUUGUCGAUGGGCGGAAUGCUGAGUCAAGUGUGCUAUCGAGAAAAACAUCAUAUUUGGUUACAGUUCGGUUAUCGGAUACAAGGCCUGAUCCCCAUCGCGUGUGGUUCCAUCGGCAUGGUCUGGCCGCGCAUAACGUGGAUGGAUGAUUAUCGUCACGACACCAAUAGUCACGAUAUGCAAGCAGUCCGUGAAGCUAUCAUAUGCUCAGGCGUUAAUGAAACCACACAAAAAGAAGCGCAACGAGCGAUGCAAAGUGUGUCCGAUAGAGCGCUGACAACCUGUUUACGCGCGUGCGCCUACGCAUUACCGCCAAACAACGCAAACGCGACGACCCCUUCCAUGACCUCCCCGCUUCCUCUGUAUCAGAUGUUAAUUGUUGGAGAAGCUGAUACAUACACGUGCAAUCUGAUGGAAGCGUGGCACCAGCUAAACCAACAACAGGGUAUCCGCACCUCUUUUCAUAAAAUUCCUUUCGCGGGUCACUUGGCUACUUUAGAUGCUGGAAAGUUGAUAGGUGAAAUCGUCGUAGAUGCGCUGUAUCAACGUUGACCCGCUUUAUUCAGUUUUUUCCUUUUGUGAUCGUGAUAAUAAAAUCGUGCCUGCUAGAAUAAGACUGGCUCCACACCACCAUCGCAACGUGAGCGGUUCAUCAAAUACGAGAUAACCCAAUAAUGCC